AUCCGGUCCACCCCCGCACCCUCCUUACUUGGACCCUUCCAUCUCUAGCACAACCCAUAUUGGACACAACCAACCCGGAGUAAAGUUGCCCCCAGACACUGAUUUGGGUCACUUUCCCCACCAAAGGUUAAUUAAGGUUAAGAUUGGGGGAGGUGGAGCUGACCCUAGGAUGACCCCACUAUGUCAGGUCAUCCAAGAAGCCUUGCUCAAGCAUGUGCGACAACGUCAUAAAAAAAUAUUUUGUUUUAGCUCUAACUAGCCAACUCUAAAGGAGACUAUUCCACUAAUUAAACGAUUAUUUUCUAAAUGAUCAAGAAGCGGUAGAAGAAGAUCCAUACUUUUGAAUUCCUUUCACCUCAGAUACUGAAGGAAGGGUAGCCAAACAAGAUGGCCACCUUUAAAUGUUGACAUCUGCUUUUAUUUGAUUUAUUAGAUAUAUUUUAACCCAGUAAUGUAAUAACUUGCAUUGAUAAGUUGAUUGUGUAACAUUCAGAAAGGUCAAAUAUGGUAAAGAUAGAGUUAGAGAUGCCAAGUAAACUGCCACUCAGGAUUGCCUUGACGUCAUCGUGUCAGCCAUCUUGGUUUUGGACAUGUUUUUUCCCCCUUUUUCCUCAGUGUUAAAUCGAGAACCCCCUCCCCCCUCCCCCUAAGUGUAUUAUCUGUAAUAGGGGGGCUGGUUGGUAUUUUCAGAGCAGUAUAGGACAUUGCAACACAUUUCAAAGUUUAAUCCUUUGGCAAAUGCUCUUAUCCACAGCAGCGUUCAAUAAGCAACAUGAAACAACCCCAGCGUUGUUAGUAAAAAAUCUUCUUCAGAAAUGUUAUACACCAACACAGGAACACUCACCUAUUUCCCCUAGUGAAAAUGAUGACGCACGAUACCCCAAAGUGUUGCUGGAUACCACGGGAUAGGAUCACUCCGGGCAGUAAGGCGGCGGUGGCCAACCUGUGUCCUGGUGAUGUCAUCCUGGCCAUCGAGGGCAUCCCGGCGGAGGACAUGAUGCACUGUGAGGCCCAGAACAAGAUCAAAGACUCCAUCUACCAGCUCAUUCUCACCGUCCAGAGACCAGAAACCAGGCUUUGGUCGCCUCAAGUCACGGAAGACGGGAAAGCCAACCCGUUCAAAAUCAACUUGGAGGCUGAGCAACAGGAGUUCAAACCCAUUGGUACGGGUCACAACCGCAAGGCCCAGCCCUUUAUAGCUGCAGCUAACAUCGAUGACCAUCGUCAGGUGGUGAGCACAGCCUACAACACCCCCAUAGGCCUCUACUCCUCAGGCAACAUCCAGGACGCCAUGCAUGGACAGAUGAGGGGCCUGGUCCAGGACAAGCCAGAGGGUAGCAAGACGCUGACCUCCAUCGAGGAGUCUGAUGUGUACCGCAUGCUCCUGAAAGAACAGGAGGAGCCCCAGGAGCCCCGGCAAUCAGGUUCCUUCAAGGCCCUGCAGGACUUUGUCGACAGCGACGGCACUCGCCCCAUGGUGACGAGGACGGUGAGAGCGCCCAUGACUAAGCCACCGCCGCCUACAGGAAACCUGCAGAAGCUGCCCCUGUGUGACAAGUGUGGAAACGGCAUUGUGGGCACAGUGGUGAAAGCGAGAGACAAGUUCCGCCACCCUAGCUGCUUCGUGUGCACCGACUGUGACGUCAACCUUAAACAGAAGGGCUACUUCUUCGUGGAGGGCCAACUGUACUGCGAGACCCACGCUCGAGCCCGAACAAGACCCCCGGAGGGCCAUGACCUUGUCACUGCUUUCCCCUCGGCAUAGGACCCUCACACACACGCACCAUCCUAAAAGUUCUGUCUGCCAGUGAGGCACCAUUGAUUGUAACUGUUUGUAUCUGUGUUCUCCUGUGUUCUAUUGUCUGUUUGCUUUGUUUUGCACAAAUCCUCACAGUGCAUUUGUUUGUGAAUAUUCUCUUACUUCAAAUAAAGGGGGUUUUGACUCCA